UUGUCAAAGGAAAAUGAAAAUUAAAGGACAAUACAAUUAUUAAACUCAAAGAUAAAGAAAACACAUUAUUGUACUGAGAGUUAGAACAAGGAAAUUGGAGGAAGAACAGUGUCUGAAGAAGAAAAAUGGUGAUCGAAGGAGCAAGUGUAACAGCAACAAUGGUUGCAGUUCAAUUCCUAGAAGUGGGUGGUAACACUCUGAUCAAAGCAGCCACCAAUGAUGGAAUGAGUAUUUUUGUUUUCACUUUUUACUCAAACCUUUUCGCUCUAUGUUUCCUUUUACCAUUAACCUUUUUCUACCACAGAAAAAGAGCCCCUCCUUCAAUUUCAUCAUCAAUUUUAUGUAGAAUGUUUCUUCUUAGUUGCCUCAGUACUGCAGUGCAGAUUUUAACGAAUACUGGAAUUGAAUGUAGCUCUCCCACACUAGCAUCUGCUAUGCUUGACCUUCUCCCUGCUUUUACCUUCAUACUUGCUUUAAUUUCAAGGAUGGAAAAUCUAAAUCUGAAACACCAUAGCAGCCAAGCUAAAAUUAUUGGCACAGUAGUCUCUAUUGCAGGGGCAUUAACUGUGACAUUAUAUAAAGGGAUACCAUUGAUUAGUGAUGCCUUUCAAAAUAUAGAAAUUGGAGCAAGUGGAAUUCAUCUUUCAGUUAAAUCAGACUGGAUACUUGGUGCUUUUCUUCUUGCAACUGCUAGCUUUUGUCUUUCUGUUUUGUAUAUUGUCCAGACUUGGAUUAUAAGGGAUUAUCCUGAAGAGCUAGUGGUAACAAGCAUUUGUUGCAGCAUGGUGGUAAUUCUAUCUGCAAUUGUAGCUCUCAUUGCAGAGGGAAAUUCAAAAGUUUGGAUUCUCAGACCUGAUAGGGAGUUGGUAGCUGUGUGUUAUUCGGCAAUUUGUGUGGUAUCAAUGAGGAGUGUUGUAUACACAUGGGCAUUCCGUAAGAAAGGACCAAUAUAUGUAGCUAUGUUCAACCCAUUAGGAAUGGUCAUUGCACUUGGCAUGGGGGUAAUAUUUUUGGGAGAUAGUCUUUAUCUUGGAAGCAUGAUUGGAGCUGCUAUAAUAGCCAUUGGAUUUUAUGCUGUUAUGUGGGCACAAGCUCAAGAGGAACACACAACAUGUGAAAAUAAAUUUCCCCCUCUGUUGUCAACCAAAAUAGAUGUCUAGACGAAUUUGAUUUUGUAAGAUGGUAGGGUAUACUUCACAUGUUGUGUGUCGGCAAUAGAAGGCAGUGUAAUUUUAUUUUUUUAUGCAUGGUAGUGUAAUUUUAUUAACAACCAAUAAGAAGGGUACAUCAAUGGAUUACUCAAUAACAACUUUUAAUUUAAUUUGAUAGUAGGACCAAUACAAUUUAAUAUUUAUAAUCGAUCUAAAAA